AUGUUGUUAAAAUGUGUUUUAUUUUCUCUCUCUCCAGUGGUAAAAAGCAGUCUACGACAUCAGACAACAUCGCCACUAAGCAGAGUAGGGCCCACGGUGUCGCUGAGGGACGUGGAGCCAGACUUCGCGGGGCCGAUAGAAAAUGUAACAGUAGCCCUGGGAAGAGAAGCUGUGCUCACUUGCUCUGUAUCGGAUCUUGGAGACUACAAGGUGGCGUGGAUUCGAGCCGAUGACCAAACCAUACUAACUCUUCAUACGCGGCUAGUGACACACAGUCCGCGGUAUGCUGUCACCAAUGAUUCACCGCAGUCUUGGCAGCUACACAUAAGACCCUUAAAGGUUGAGGACCGAGGAUGCUAUAUGUGUCAAAUCAAUACUAGUACAAUGAAGAAGCAGAUAGGAUGUGUGGAUGUAUUAGUGCCUCCGAACAUAGUAGAUGAGGGUACAAGUGGAGACUUAGUCUCUCGAGAAGGACAAGAUGUAAGUUUGUCCUGCAAAGCAGAAGGCAGACCUCUUCCGAGAAUAUUAUGGAGGAGAGAAGAUGGAGCCAACAUACAGUUAAGAAACGAAGCAGGAGAGCUUCGAAAAGUGGACAUGUUCAUGGGCCCAAGCUUGAACCUGUCGAAGGUAGAACGGCGACAGAUGGGCGCAUAUCUCUGUAUUGCGUCAAAUGAUGUACCGCCGUCAGUCAGCAAACGCAUUCUUCUUAGUGUAACUUUUCCACCAUCAACUUUAGUAGCAACAAAAGUAAUCGGCGUGCCCACUGGCUCGCAAGCGAGGAUGGAAUGCUUUGUAGAGGCAUUUCCACAAGCCAUACACUACUGGCUGAAAAGUGGAGAGGAAAUGAUUCUUUCUGGGGGCAAACAUGAAAUAUCUGAAGAAAGAAUUUCUUUGUAUCAGUUGCGAACUAUUUUAGUGAUAUCACAAUUUGAGUCUCAUGAUGUUGGAACGUAUACCUGCGUGGCUACUAACACGUUAGGGAAGGCUGAAGGCACUUUACGAUUAUAUGAAAUAAAAAUAACAACAACGACGACAACGACGACGACAACAACCACAACUACAACAACAACAACGACAACAACGACAACUCCUGCGCCUACAACAACGGAGCAGCGAUUUGCCGUGCCACUUCAACCUGCGGAACAAAAGUUUUAUACACCGGAUGUCACUACGUAUGACACAAUGCAGAACGUGAUUGAACAGUCUGUCCUCGACAACAACUGGAUACCAACUGCUGACUCCGCGGGAGCGGCACAUCAAGCACUCUCGUUGACAUCACUGACCGUGAUUGUCGUGCUACCAUAUUUAAAUAGCAUUUUUAGUUAUAGUUUAUACCCGCUCAUUUUUACAGCUAGCAAUAUUUAUAUAAUAGAACAGGGUGCGAGAUGA